AGUGUAGAAACAAAAUGGCGACCUUUUGGGAUAGAUUUCAUAAUUUUAUUUGGAAUGAGCACUUUUGGCUGGGUGAUGACGCACGUUGGGAGGAUUUUAUAAGUUCUGAUCCUUCAGUAUACUAUCCAAAAAUAAGUCACAUGAAUUGGUCUAUUAUUGUUGGUAUUGCAUUAAUGUUAGUGAGGCUUAUCUAUGAAAGGUAAAUUGUAAAUUAUUAUGGCUAAGUUAGACUAAGUUCUUAGUCUUAGUAAUUUAAUUAGUAUUAAUACUAUUAUUAGAUUGUUAUUUUAUUAUUAUAUUGUCUACAUUGUAAUGUAGUAUUAAUGGUAAAAGUGCAGUUCAGUUGCGUAUAUUAUUUCUUAGCGCAUUUCAUAUUUUAAAUUUUUUUUUAUCAUGUAAACUUAGUGUAUUCUUUUAUAAUUAAAUCCAGGCAGUUAUAGUUAACUAUUUCUGGAUUAUAAAUCACAUCUUUUCUUUUUAUUUUACUUCUAAAGAGUCUUUAAACAUCCCCCAACCAAAGUGACAGGGCCCCCAUUUGUUUGUAUUUUUCUUUUUACGCUAUGCCAGAUUUUUAGCCACCUAUAAGUUAGUAAUGCUAAACGAAAUUUUCAAACUAAGCAUAUUCACAAAAAAGAAUGAAAAACUAGAUUCUUCAUUACGCACAACCGCCCCCCCCCCUACCCCAACUUUCUUUUUUUCCCCUCUCAGAGAGCUUGGAAUAUAGGGGUUGUCCUUUGAAGUCGAGUCGGGGAAAGGGGGGGGGGAGAUUAGAAGUGGAUCACUGACUAAGCAGUGGACACACACGUCAUCAUUGUCCUGGACCUGGUGUGAAGCUGAUCACCCUGAAGGCUGCUAAUACGCUGUCUGUGAUUGGUCAGCUCUAAUUUGAGCACCCCUCCUCUUUUUUCGUAUGCAAAUGCGCUUAUUACUGGUGACUGAUUUGCGCUGAGUAAAGUGAGGGCUAGUGAUUAUUUUUUUUAUAUUAUAAGACGGACUCGUUUUGGCUUUGCGGUAUUGCUGGUUGUAGGAUCAUUUUGUUUAAAAUUGCAGGACGACCAAGAAACAAUAACUAAAAUUGUUGAUGCAACUGGCAUUUUUAAUGGUGCAGCAUUUGGUUUAUACGCGCACCUUGUGGGGCAACAAAUAACGUUAAUACAACUGGAAUUUCUCCUAAGGCGCUCGUAACAAUUGCAAUGUGGCUUGUAAGCUGGGUUCGUAUGUCAAGUAUGUGAGCUCCCCAUAAUUACCGGGAUCUGCAUAUCACCCGAAACGGGAUCUCACCCGAAACGGAAUCUCACCCGAAACGGGAUCUCACCGUAACCGGUAUCCCGCCAGGAUCGGUAACCCACUGGAUCGGGAUCCCACCGGGAUCAGGAUCUCACUAGGAUCAAAAUCCUAUCGGGAUCGGAAUCUCACCGAAACGGGAUCCCACCGGAUUGGGAUCUCAUUUAGUUUGGGAUACCACCGGAAACGGAUCUCACCGGGAUCGGUAUCUUACCGGGAUCGGGAUCCCACCAUGACCAGGAUUCUAUCGGAAUCACAUCGGGUUCGGGAUCCCAUCAUGAUCCUUCCGGGUGCCAUCGGAAAACGGGAAAAACGAAAGGUUUACAUAAGUUAUUUUAAUUGUUUUUAAUAGGAGACAAAUUAAUUAUUAUUAUUUUUACUAUAGUGUUGUUGUUUUGUUGUUGACAUUUCCUUUAAUAGCAAUGUGAACUAAAAGGACGUAGCAGAUGUUUUUUUCUGAAUGCAGCCCCGGGCAACUCCGGUUAUAGUUGAUAGUAAAGUUAUAAAAUAAAUACAUCUUUUAUUUUAACAAGAUUCAUCCAAUUGGGCAACUUUUAUAAAGUAUCUUUAAAGACAGAAGAGUUAUCCUUGAUUUACCACAAUGGCUCCGUAAAACACGAAAGAUUCAUAAAAAUGUACUUUUUUUAUCUCGUAAAAUUUGUUAAAUUGUUGUUGUAUUCCAAUAAAAAGAUGGUAUAUAACUUUUAAAAUACUUUUUAUAAAGAAUUAACAUAAGUUUACACGGGAAAAUAAGAGAUUCAAACAGAAAUAAUAUACGCACCUGAACUGCACUUUUACCGUAUUAAUUUGUAGACUAGUAUCAGCGCCCAAGAGUGAAGACAGUGAAGAAGUGAUUUGACUUUGUAAUGAGUGUAGUAAGUACUUUUAAAGUAUUGGGAGUAAUAGUAAGAUAACACUACAGCCCAUGUAAAAGUAGGGCUUUGACUUUUGGGCUAAAAUUCAGUUAGCGGCAGGGCCUAUGAUGUCUUCCACGGGAUAUAGGGCAUGGAGGUUCUCCAGGUCAACUACCGCGCAUUGUUCUGUUUCUCAAAAUAUUUCAAAAUUUAGCUCUGUACUUCUUUGAUACGUUAAAAAAUUUUUUUCUGGGUUUAUGGUUCGAAAUUAUUAUUUUUUUAUUUUUAUAUUGCAAAUUGGGGGGAUCUUCCCUCCCCAGAAAAUUAUGCUGAAAUGUCCCAUGAAAUUGCAACAAUAAUUAGGCCUCUUUAAAUGAGUGGCAUAUGUAUGGGUAUUUCGCUUUCAACAAAUAAAAAAUAGCACUCUUAAACAUGCGCACAUCUUUUUUCUGGUGUUCAUCUUGGGGGUAUCAGGGAUGAUGAGUUUCUCUUUUUCUUUCUUUUGAAUCUUGUAAGUUGAAUUUUAAUUUUAAAAAACAUGGUAAAUUGAUGUUUUUGACACAAACAACACUCGGUGAAGAAUCGGAAAGUUAUCAUUCUCAUCUUUCAGGUCCAACGGUUGGUCCUGUUACCCUAAGUCUAGUGACGCCACUGCCCUUGGGUGGGACAACUCUUGGCAAAACACUUAACCGUUAAUUGCACAUUUACUGGGCUUUGGUUCCACUCAAACGUAACUGAUGAUUUUCUUUUCCAUGGUUGGAUUCCGAGUUGCUGUAGAUCUUUUUCUAGAUCAUCCAUCCAUCUAAGCCUAGGUCUGCCUUUGAGCCGUUUUCUUAUGGGGUUUAGGUGGUGCACCCUCUUCCCUCCUCUGUCAUUUGGGCAUUUUUCUAAGUGUCACACCCAAAAUAGCCUGCCCUUUUGUAUUUCUGUUACUAGCGUGGGAUCCUGAUAUAUAUAUAUAUAUAUAUAUAUAUAUAUAUAUAUAUAUAUAUAUAUAUAUAUAUAAUAUCAGUAUCCCACGCUUGAAACAGAACAUUGACAAUAUUUUUUUAUUUAUAUGUCUAGAGUGUGAUAUUUAUAUAUAUAUAUAUAUAUAUAUAUAUAUAUAUAUAUAUAUAUAUAUAUAUAUAUAUAUAAUAUCAGGAUCCCACGCUUGAAGCAGAACAUUGACAAUAAACUUCCUGGUUGGUUUGUAUUCUCCAUCAAUAUUCAUCCUUUGUUGGUCCAUAUAUUAUAUAUUUGCCGGAAAACUUUUCUCUCCCAUGUCUGUAAAAUCAUGCUGUACAAAAUUUACAAAUUUAAUGUUAUUUGUCAACAUGAAUGUAAAUUUUUAAUCUAAUAAUGCUAAUUCAAUGAAAUUUUCAAUACGAAAAACAUUUGAUAUCUAAGUUAUUAGAUAAAACUCUAUCUCUGUUGAAAUUAUUGUAUUGGUAAAUUUAAAUACAAAACUUAAAAACAUCCAAUGCAAUAUAGCUAUCCACAGCAACAGAUGUUGUCCUUGUCCAGCUGAAAGUAUAAAUACUUAAGCUUGUUUAUGACAGAUACAAAUCCUAUAGACAGAACAGCAACGUCUCAAUAAAUUGUGGACACUGUUUGUGAUUCUGUCUCCGGAGCUCUAGCAACACUUAAUCUUUAUCAAUUGAAAAAGAUCUUCUUCCAUUGUCAGUAUUAAAAUUGGGUUGUUUGUUGAUCUACUCCAGGCUGGCAAUGCAUGAUCUCAUGUGUGGAAUCUGUUGAUUAAAAAAAAAACAUGGAGAAAAAAGCUAAAGCUAAUGAAAAUGACACUGCCAUAAUCAUAUGUUUUUUUUAACAAAAAUCACCAUAAAGUAUACCUAAAGUAGACAAAAUAAAAAUGUACACCAUCUCCAAAUGCUUUAAACCUUCGGAGUACUUGUAAAAUUUAUUUAUCCAGGGUCCAGUUACAAGUUCUCCUCAGAGACCUAUCAUAAAUAAUGCGAAGUAUUAGUUAGACUUACUAGCAUAAGCUAGUAGGCCUAACUCUGAAAAAUGAGAAUGAAUAAAAAAUUAGAACUUCUUAUUAGGAAUUCAUAUCUUCUUCUUCUUCUAUAUCUUAAGGGCCCACGAUCAAUUUAUUGAUCAUUUUGGCUCCUAUGCAUGUAGAUGGGAUUUGCAAUGUUUCUGUUACUGGUGUUGAUGAGGAAAUCAUACACUAAGUUGAGGCAAUAGACACAAAUGUGUCUAGUGUUGUCGCCUCAACCGUUCCUUUUGAAAGAUUGUUCCAGUCCCUGAUUGUCUUGGGCAGGAAUGAGCAGCUCCUAUACUGGCUUCUUGUUAGUAUGAGCCUGAAUUGCCUGUCAUGACCUCGUCGCUGUCUAUGUGGGAGAGGGACGAGUUUCUGUUUAAUACUGGAACAGUGGACCAGCCCAUUAUUUAUCUUGUACAUCAUGGAGAGCCUGGAUUGUCGUCUUCGUUUCUCCAAUGAUGACCAGCCUAGUGUUUCUAGCAUGCUGCCAACACUAGAGGUAUUCCUGUAGCGGUUCAGGACAAAGCUUGCUGCUCGUCGCUGGACCGCCUUCAACCUGUCAAUGCUCUUCUGGGUAAAUGGGUCCAGACUGAAGAUGCAUAAUCUAAAAUCGGACGGAUAAAGGCCUUAUAUGCUCUUUCUUUCACACAGGAGUUGCCAAUCUUUAGAUUUCGCCUUAAGAAACCUAGGGUCUUGUUUGCUUGGUUACAUACAUUGUUAAUAUGCUCGUCCCAGCGGACCUCUCUUUGAAUGGUAACACCCAGGUACUUUACGGAGGAAACUUGCUCAAGUAUAUGGCCGUGCAGUUCGUAUUGGUAGUGUAGAGGAGUACAAUAGAGGAGUACAACUUCUAGAGAUUGAUAGUGUCUGGCACUUGGCAGGGGGAAAUUCCAUGUCCCGGCUCAUCUUCCACUCAGCUAACAGAUUGAGAUCCUGUUGUAGCUGGUCCUGGUCAGAUCUGUUGGUGAUCGUCCUAUACACUGCUGUGUCAUCUGCGAACAGUCUUGCCUGUGAUGUCAGUUUCUCUGGUAGGUCAUUUAUUAUUGCUAGGAACAAACAGGGGCCCAGGACUGAUCCCUGGGGGACCCCUGACUUCACAUCGACAAAGGAGGAGCUUGUACCGCCCACCACUAUUGCUUGGCGUCGGUGGCUGAGGAAGCUAGAGAUCCAUGUUUUAGUGGUGCCUUGAAUCCUAUAUCUCUGGAGUUUGUGUAGAAGCAAACUAUGAUUCACACGGUCAAAUGCUUUUGCGAAGUCCAUUACUAGCACGUCAGUCUGCUUGUGGUUCUCCAGAUUGGUCAUCAGGUCUUCUACAAAUUCGAGAAGCUGGGUCUCACAUGAUCUAUUGACUCGGAAGCCAUGUUGACAGUCAUUGAGUAUAUUUUGGCUUUCAAGGUGCUUCAUGACUGUGCUUACGAUUAUGUGCUCCAACAGUUUGCAGACGACGCUGGUGAGGGAUAUCGGACGAUAGUUGGCAGGGUCGGAAUGCUCCCCUUUCUUUUAAAUUGGAGUGACAUGCGCUGUUCUCCAGUCUGCUGGAACAUUUCCUGUGCAUAGUGACGAUUGGAAGAGUAUUGUCAGUGCAGGAGCGAUUUCUUUGGCUAAUUCUUUGAGCACUCGUUGUUUGAUGUUGUCAGGACCACAUGCUUUGUAAGGGUUAAUGGUAUUGAGGAGGGCAAACACACUUUGUUCUGAUAUAAAAAUUGCUUCAAUACUUUAAACAGGCCACACACUGCUCUUUAGUUUAUGUACAUUUAUAAUUGUUAAUAACUUAGGUGUGGAGACAUUCUUAAGAAAUGUUAUAUCACAGCACUCUUAUUUUUUUAGCAUUUAUUUAUUAUGAUCCAAAGUGACCAAAGCCUAUUCUUAUAUAUGAAUUAUAUUCGCCCCUAAGUAUUAUUAAAGCUGAACAUAUAUUUUUGCAUUGACACAAAUUGUUCGUGUCUAAUUAAUUAAUCUAUUUUAAAGCUUUAUCGCAGUCCAACACUUUUAUAAUUAGUCUAUUAUAGCCCAUAUGAUUUCAUACAUAGGCUAUAAUAUAAAUAAGUUAUUUUUAAUGAGAAUAAUUAUUUAUAUUCUGCAAAUUCAUGGCAACCAUCUGUCUACCCUAUUGGCCCUUCAUCAAAUGGCUUAUGAUGCAGAUCCUAGAAUAGCAUUCUCUGCUGCUCUUCUUGCAGGAGAACCUUGCCUCCUGGUUGAAUUAGGCCUUCUGUUUUUCUCUUUUUGUUGCAAGGGCUUUGUUUUGUGCCUCUGCUGUCUGUUCGCCAGCUAGAACAAUGUUCAGCUAUGAUCUCCCAUUUAUUAAUAUAUAUAUGUUGGCUUCACUCAUAUUCCUUUUGAAAACGUCCUUGAAUUGCAGCAGUGGUCAUCCAAUACUUGAAUUGGAGCAGUGGUCAUCCAAUAAGUCCCUUCUUCCAACUCUACUAACAUCACUUUCUGCAAAUAUGGCUAUAGUAACCAGUUUAUUAAUGAAGUGUGUCAUGCUGUGAGGGCCUCUAUAUUUAUCAUUAUGUUAUGCAAUAUUUGUUGCAUUGAAAGCUUGCUCAUUCAAUAUUCAAGUUGUUUCUUUGAGUCAUUUUAAUUCAUUGAUGGAAAUAAUUUUGCAACACGCUGAAUACAUUGUGCUACUAUAUAAAAUACUACUCCCUGCCCUCAGCUGAACUUAAGAAUGUAUCAAUUUGUAUGUCUACUUGAUUAUAUCAUAAGGAUUAAAUUAAAUUAUCAAAAUGUAUUUUCAUGAAUCAUUUUCUUUUUAACCAGCUUUCUUAUAAAACCUUUGGGACAAUGGAUGGGACUUAAAGAACGAAAGCGUAUUUAUUUGAAAGAUGCACCAGUUCUAGAAGCUGCAUUUAAAACAUAUAGGUCAAAAGUUCCACAGGAUCAAAUUAUGGUUUGUGUUUGUUUACCAAAUGCAUUUUUUUGUAAUACACUUAUUAACCUUGUUUAUAUAAUUCUUGUGCAAUGAGCUAAUUUUGGUGCCUUUAGUGACAAUAGCUGUAGUUUUUUAUAAUAAUGUGCACGUACCAAAAAGCCACAUUAAAACUAUGUAUCAAUAUAUUUACAAAAUAUAUUUUGCUUUAGUUGUGGGUUAUGGCUGUACCACUGUUUUGAUAAUUUAUAUUAAUUUAGAUUUCUCAUUGCUGAUUAACUAUUCAUUAUUAUCUUGAAUUCCAGAAACUUGUCAAGCAAACAGAAAUGACAGAAAGGCAGAUUCAGCGAUGGUUUUUUAAAAGAAGAAUUCUUCAAAUGCCUUCAUCAAUGUAUAAAUUUAGAGAAUGCAGGUACAGGUUCCUUUUAAAUUUAAGAAGUAAAAAAAUUCAAUUAAAGAGGAAAAAAAUUAAACUAAAGAAAAGAUAAUUCCAUCUGACCUUUUCUGGUAGAUGAACCUAAAUUUUGAAGCAAGCUCUGCAUAUACAAUUUAUAGAAGAGUAUACAUAUAUAAAUUAUCUUAUGUGUGUGUUAAAAAAAAAAUUAUAUCUUCUACAGCUGGCAUGUCCUUUUCUACACUACAUCUUUCAGUUAUGGUAUAUAUGCUCUUUGGGAUGUAAGUAGUAGUUUUUGUCAUUCUUAACCUAUGUCAUAUAAAUAUAUCUUUUUCUUAACCCUUUGAACCCAUGGCUCCUGGUACUAACAUACCCAUGCCCCUGUGGAAAAUUUCCACAAACAGACCUACAAGCAACCAAAAUUCCAUGAUUAUAAAUGAUAUAAUUUUUAUUUAUUUCAAUCUAAAUUUGUCUUUUAGUAGUCCAUUACUAUUAUAAAAUGUUUCUUGGGGAGAAAAUUGUCUUAGAAUCAGUGUAGAAUAGGAUAGUGAAAAGGUCACUUUCACUUCCCUAAUUUCAUAAAAACCAGUACUAGGAUUAGGGGUAGACCUUUCAUUGUUUCUUUAUUUCCCAAAACACAUAUUCUAACACUAAUUGAAGUCAAUCAGUUGUUACUAUCAUUGUCUAUUCGCUUCUUUACAAUCCUUUCAAAAAAACUACAAUAAUCCUGUGAAUCCUUUGCAUUAUUAUCAACCUGCUCUUGUUUGAUUCCUUUAGAGUAACCGGUUUUUUAUUUUUUGUCACCUCUAUGCAUAAAUAGAACUUUACUAAAACAUAUAAAAAACAAUGGCUCCUCAUAAGUAUGCCAUUAUUGUGACCUUUCACAAGACAUGUGGUAAUCCCUGAACUCUGUGUUAAGAACACAUUUUUAUAUAAGGACUGUUGAACUAGAGUAAGUUAGGGGAGACCAAAAUAUCUAUCAAGGGUUCAAGGGGUUAAUGUAUUUCUAUAUAUUUAUAAUGAACUAAUCAAGAUUAUUUAAAGUUUUCCCAUUUUUUUUGUAUUCAUACUCACUUGUAUAUAUAUUUAUGCAUAAUAUUAAAGAGAACAAAAAUAAAUAUUUUUUUCAGAAACCAUGGUUGUGGGUUACAGUAAACUGCUGGGUCGGUUGGCCUAAACAAGUAAGCAACUUAAUGCCAUAGUAACAGUCAAAAUGUUUACUUUGAAAUGGGUCUGAUUUUUUUUUUUUUUAGGCUGUAAAAAGCAAUGGUAUUUUUUACUGAAACUAAAUAAUUUGGUUAGAUUCUUUAAAAUUUAACAGAAAUUAAAGUUGUUAAUGAGUUUGUUUUUAAAAUAGAAAAAUUAAAAUGUAUAAUUUUUUUUUACUUCACCAAAUAAGUAAAAUGAGAUUGAAAUUAGUUUAUGUUUUUUAUAAUUUUUUUUAUUGAUAAUUAAUUAAAUCACCAUCAUAAUUGAAACCAAAUUUUAAGCUGAAUAAUAAUUUUUUUAUAAACUUGUUAUAUCUCGUUUUAGCACAUAGAUAAUGACAUUUUCAACCUGUAUUUGCUGGAGUUGAGUUUUUACUGGAGUUUACUUUUUGCCAUUUUCUUUCAAAGAGAUUACCAGAAAAAGGUAUGUGAACACUGCAAAAAUAUUAUGGCCAAUUUACUAUAUUUUAAAGAGAAAUAAAUUCCUCAUCCUCAAAUUUAUUUUUAAGAAACAUAAGUUUCUAUGUUAUGGCAUAACUUUAUUUAGUGUUUUUUUUUAACCGAUUAAAAUUCAUAAAAAUUGAUUCAUAUUGAGUCAUAUUUGAAAGGAAGGUUCUUUAGAUUUUAAGUAAUUCUAAUUACAUUAUAAAAUAAAUCAGCUGUUAAUAUAGAGAGAAAAAAUAAAUUUUACUAUGUUGGAUUUUAACUAUAGUAUUAAGAAAAAUUAUCUCCAUUAUUACGUUUUCAAACUUUUUAACAACUUGAUACUUCUAUAUUAAUUUUUUUUAGGAUAAGAAAGAGAUGGUGGUCCACCAUUUAGUGACGAUACUUCUUAUAUAUUUUUCAUGGGCUUGCAACUUUGUACGCGUUGGGAGUUUGGUUCUUAUAGUUCACGAUUUUGCUGAUCCUUGGCUCAAUGUAUGUUAUUUUUUUAGUUUCCAUUUCUUUGUCCUUUGUCAGUUACUUAGCAUUUUAUAAUCUUGAUGCUUUGUACUGAGAAGGAAAUAAAAGUUUAUAUUUAUAACCUGCUUUUUAUCUCUUCAAGAAAUAAUGUUACCUAAUUGUAUUUUUUUUUUAUAAAAAUUUUUUAAUGGGAAAAGAAUUUCAUUUUUAAUGAGCUUUAUAGUGUAAAUAAAACAUGUUAUGUCUGUUGUAAAUUUUCUGUAAUAUUGCAAUAUUUAUCAUUGUUUUAAAAUGUAUGUGAAUUUCCUUUAUUUUUCAACUUGAAUUUAAUAAAUAUGAAAUCUGCUAUAGAGUGAUAGUAAAUGUAGCUUUCCAGCUUCUUAUAAAACUGUUUUGUUAUAAAGAAAGAUUUCAUUACAAUUUUAUUAAGUCCCUACUAACACUUCUUCUAAAUUUUCCUCAGAUUGCAAAAAUGGCCAAGUAUACAAAACAUCAAACUACCUGCGAAAUAUUUUUUGCAAUGUUUAUAUUAACUUGGAUUAUAUCCAGAAUAUUCAUCUAUCCAUUGUGGUAAGUACAUGACUGCAGGCUCAGGUUAAAGCAAGUUAACAUAACCAUGAUUUUAAUGCUCUUACCCAAACAACUUAUGUAAGCCAGAGUUACAUAUCUUGAAAUGGAAUUAUCAACUUUAAUGAUGGCUUGUAUCCUUGUUUAUCUAAACAUCUUUUGUUUCAUGCAGUUGAUUUCUUUUCCAUUUACAGGGUUUUAAAUGCAUCAGCUGUUGAAAUCCAUGAUUAUGUGACUACCUUUCCAGCCUACUGGUUCUUUAAUGGACUUUUAUUUGUGCUUCAGUUAUUGCAUAUAAUGUGGACAUACCUUAUACUAAGCAUCGCUUUCCAGAAACUCACUCUUGGUUCAGUAAGUUUUGUUUGCUUUAGAUUUUAUUGUUCCUACAAACAAUGUUUAUUUUUCUUUUUGUUCUGCCUAUUCAGACCCUUCAUCAUAAAUCAAUUUCCAAUUUAAAAAAUUAAAUCUUUACAAAAAUAAUACAUUUAAAAGUAUAAUAAUGUUAUGUUUAAUAAGUCAUAACCUAAUAAUUAUGAAAAUGUUAGGGAACAACAGUUUAUAGUCUCAGACAUUCAACGCGGCUGAACAUCCUGUUUUUUUUUUUCCAAGUAUUCGCCUCUGCAAAUAUUAUCAAUGCUAAUAUUUGAAAAUCAAAUUUUUGAAUAGAUUCAAGAAACUUGUGCAUUUAAAUUUUAAGCCUUACAACUUCAAACAAGCCAAUUUCCACAAUGUCCGGGUGUAUCGUGACUCACAAAAACAUUUUAUGAAUUAUAUUAAGAAAUGUUUAAUUUAUCUAUUAAUCGCACUGGAUCUUAGAAAGAGUGCAUGCGCAAAAAUCUGUGAGAACUAUUACAAAUUUAAAAGAAAUCUGGACAUCUAUCAUUUCCAAUUGCCUAUAAAGUACAAACUAAGGUUUAACACAAAAUGUUGACAAUAAGCUCCGUGAGUUAUACUAGUAGGAAAUGUACUAUAGUACUCAAUUCUUACCCAGAUUCUGCAAAUAGUAGUCCAAAAUACUCAGAUGCAGUACCCCUUGGAAAAUGUUGAUCCCUAGAAAAUCUACAUUUUUUUUUUUUUUUUUACUUUAUGCUGGUUUUAUAUAAACAUUUAAUAUCUGUAACAAUGCAACCUAUUAACCCUAGCUAUUAGAAUUGCUUAUUCUUUAAUCAUAUAACUUAAUUAGUAGUUUUUAAUUACAUAAUGCCCCUUUCAGAUUGAAAAAGACAUCAGGAGUGAAUCUGACAGUGAGUUAAGCGACUCAAGCAGUGAAGGUGCCAAGAAAAAUAAUAUUCCCGAUAAGAAUAAUUCCUUUGUUACUAAUGGGGUUUCCCAAAGAUCUACACGAAGCAAAGAAAACCAUUAAAAAAGUUGUCCAUCAGAUAAGGAACUGAAAGUUUGGUGUAAAAAUAAAAAGUUGUUGAUUCUUCAUGCAUAAAAGAACAGCAAAAAGGUUUAAGAUGAGUAUUAAUACAUUUCCUAUGUCUUCUUAAACUGUCAUAAUAUUCAUGUGAAUGAAUGUCACGUCAUUCUUUACCCUUCAUGGAAAGUUUUCGCAAUGUUAAUGUAUCAUUUCACCACUGUCCAUGUUAAAACUUGAUUUUAAAAAUUUAACAUGUGGUCCCAACAUUAGGUCUCUGUGCCUUCAAUGAUAUGUAUAUUUACAAAAGAAGCAUUUGCAUUGUCCAACUUAAACGUGGUACAUUUUUAUUUUUUCACAUUAGAAUUGAAUCAAGAAAUAUGACUUUUAUAAUACAUAACUCACUGGUGAGAAAGAUUUUAAUCUUCUUUUGGUUAUUGAAAAAACUUUUUUAGUUGUUUUUUUCUUUUUUUUUUUUUUUGGUUUAAGUGAAAACAUUAAGUCUGAUUUCCUAAAACAAGCAUAUUUUAAGCAGGUCCUGGGAGUUUUUUUAAUUUUUUUUUUUUUUUUUUUUUUGUUAUUGAAAAAACUUUUUUAGUUGUUUUUUUCUUUUUUUUUUUUUUUGGUUUAAGUGAAGACAUUAAGUCAGAUCUCCUAACACAAGCAUAUUUUAAGCAGGUCCUGGGAGUUUUUUUAAUUUUUUAAAUUUUUAUCGUUCUCUUCAUUCUUGACAUGCAUAAUAGCGAAGCUGCAAAUAUGGCCCACUUUUUAUUUUAAUGAGUUUUUGCAAGAAAACACUCACUGUUUGUAUUUUACUAUUCAUUUGUACAUUAGGAUAUUUUUAUUAACCCAGGAAAUGAUCAUGUUUUGAGACCAUGCCUUAAUGUCUGCCCUAGUAAUGCAGGAACAUGUGUUGUAUCGCAUCUUUUGUAAAUCUGUAAAUCUCCCUGGGAACAUAAUUAUUAUUCUAUAUUUUUGUACAUACCCAUAAAAGUAUACACAUAUAUUUUUUCCCCUCUCUUCUCCAAGUUUACAAAUUAAAGAAGAAUGUUCAUUUAAGAAAAAUCAUUGUGCAUUAGAAGGGUAGUGGUUGGUGAGUCAAUGAAAAUAAAAAUCAUAAUUUGAUUAUUUUCAUCUUUUAAAAAAAAACAUAUAUUGAUAAACUUUUUUAAAGCUUUACCUUGAGAAGAAAAAACUGGGAUUCAUUGUUAUUGGUUUACUACUUGUUUGUUGUUGCUUAAACUGAACAAAUUCACCACUUCUGCUUUGAUUAACUAUUAUUAAUUAGAAUAUGUUACAUAAAACAGUAUGCCAGACCCCAAAAAGAUGUAUACAAAAUCUUGAAAAGUGAGACUAAAGUGUGUCCAUUCAAAUAUCAAUAUUUUUUUUUGUCACAGAUAAGCAAAUUGCUAUUUUUUAAAUUUAAAUAAACUUUGAAAUUUUGCCACAUUUUGUACAUUGGUUUGAAAAGAAACUAUGAAAUUUUUUUUAUUGAAUUCUUUACGUUUCCAU